AUGACUUCGCGUUUGACGACAUCAUCCGUUCUUCCCCUAAUUACCUCGCGCGCAACCUGCCUCCGCCGUGCGCAUUCGCAGAGCCGGUUCACUCUACCACCGACCAUCCGUCAAAUCCUCUCCUCGUCGCGCGUAGAUGAGCCGGUGACCGUCAACGCCUGGGUCAAGUCGAUCAGAAAACAAAAACGCAUCGCGUUCGGGGUCCUGAGCGACGGGAGCUCCGCCACCGGGCUGCAGGCCGUGUUCCCGAACGAGCAGCUGGGGGAACGCGUCAAGGAGAUCACCAAUGGAACCGCGGUGCGCGUGCGCGGGACGAUAGUCGAGAGCCCCGGUGCAGGGCAGGACAGGGAGCUGCGGGUCGAGGAUGUGGAGAUCCUGGGGGCGUGUGAUGCCGAGACAUAUCCUAUACAGAAGAAGUUUCUGUCUCCCGAAUAUCUACGCGAUAACACGCAUUUUCGAGCGCGGACGGAUGGUAUCGCGGCUAUGCUCAGACUACGGGGCGCGUUACAGCGCGGUAUCGCGGCUUACUUCGAGAGUCAAGACUUCACAAGCACGCAUACGCCCAUCUUGACCACGGGCGACGCCGAAGGCGGCGGCGAGGCCUUCCGCCUGGCACCUCUCGAAGCCGAGGCCACGCCCGCCGACAAAACACUGACCGAGGCCGACCGCGAGUUCUUUUCGCGGCCGGCGUACCUCACGGUCUCACACCAAUUGCACCUGGAGGCGCUGUGCCACAGUAUGUCGCGCGUGUACAACCUGGGCCCCUGCUUCCGCGCGGAAAGCGGCGUGACGCGCCGGCACCUGGCCGAGUUCUGGAUGCUGGAGGCGGAGUGGAACGUGCUCCCGGUGGCGGAUCCCCGAGACCAGACCGGCGCGCUGUGUGAUUUCGUGGAGGGCUUGGUGAAGGGCGUGGUUGGCGACGGGGGCAUUGUGCACUCUGAAGACGUGGACUUGCUAUGGAGGCAUCAUGAGCGGGAUGCAGCUGAACACGCCCAGCAACGGGCAGCGUUGGUUCAGUGCGUGACGACGGAGAAACCCUGGACACGGAUGACCUACACCGAUGCGAUUCGGGAGCUGCUCAAGGCGGAUCGGCAGUGGACGUUCCCCGUCCAGUGGGGCCUCUCGCUGCAGAGUGAGCACGAGAAAUGGCUGUGCGAGACGCUCGUGGGCGGGCCUCUGUUCGUGACGGAUUACCCGGCGGACAUCAAAGCGUUCUAUAUGAAAGCUAAUCCUGCUCAGGCGGGCGAGCAAGGGCCGACGGUUGGGUGCUUUGACCUGUUGAUGCCGCACGUGGGUGAGUUGGCGGGUGGCAGUGUUCGCGAGGACCACAUCGAGCGCCUGCGGGCCAGCAUGGCCAGCAAGGGCAUGAGUUUGGACGGCGAACGAUACGGGUGGUACGGACAGCUCAGACAGUACGGCGGGUCUCCCCACGUGGGCUUCGGGAUGGGAUUCGAGCGACUGGUUAGCUGGAUCAGCGGCGUCGAAAAUGUGCGGGAAUGCAUUCCGAUGCCUCGCUGGUCAGGAAGGAUGAUUUUAUAA